AUGGCACGCGAAGGACCAGCGUUGUUAUCGGCAACACCAAGACACUCUAUCAAGGCCAACGUGUCCAUAGCGCAUAUUCAAUUGCGGGAGUUGAUAGUCUGCCCGCGAGAACCAUCUAUCGUGAACUACAUCCAGGAUAGGUCUAUCAUUGAGCUUGAUGUGUCUGGUGUCCAUAGGAAGUUGCGCCUUGCGGAUUGUAACUUCUCGCCUUGCAAUCUCACUGCUCUACCUCUACCCGACACCGAUACCAUUCUCUAUGCCGCGGGCGGACAAGAGGCUGAGAUACAUCUAUCGUUGCACUCGCGCUCCAAGCAGAUUUGGCGCCACGAGCGCAUUCUUCCUGGCUCGAUCAACAACUCCGUACUCCUAUCCAUCGGGCACGAAGGCAAUCCUGAUCCCCGGAUAGUAGUGUCGAAUAAUGACCACUGCGUGCGCUUCUACGAUAUUGCGGCGCGCCGUAGAGGGCAGGAGGUAGAGCGUCUCUUCGAGUGCGGCACACUCAAGCUAGACGUGCCGCUCAAUCACUCUUCUGUGUCCCCUGACGGGCGCGCGUUGCUCACCGUUGGCGAUUCCAACGAAGUCCACCUGCACCACGUUACUGGUUCCUCUCGCCUGUCCUUUCAACGCACUGCCAAGCUAAUCCUACCCCUCCUCGCCUCUCCCCAUCCUAACUCUUAUCAGUUUGCAUCCCAAUGUGCACCUGCGUCGUUUUCAACGGCCUUCUCUCGCAAUGGCAGCAAGUUCGCGGUUGCCUGUCAGGACGGCAUGGUGGUCGUAUGGGACGUGCGGAGCACUAAACCGCUCAAGGUCUUCGAGACGAAUAAGACACGAGGGCGGGCCGAGUCGUGCAGUGGUAUUGAGCAAGAAGAGGAAGCGAGUGGUUGGCUUUUCGAGGAUCCGUGGAGUUGGGCACGGGGCGGAGCGGGAGCGUCGGCGCGGGCGCCUGGUUGGGGAGUACGAAGUGUUAAAUUCGGCGGGCCACCUGACGGCAAGGAGAUAAUGUUAUUCACAGAACAUGUGAACCUGAUGCACGCGGUGGACGCGCAGACUUUCGAGACAGAAGAAACUAUCCGUGUACCCACGCCUGGCCGGGCGCGGCCCCAGGCUCAGUCUCGUUCUCCAUCUCCCGCGCGUUCGCACUUGCGCACGUCGCGGCGAUAUAGCGCCGAAGACAUCAUGACGAUGGGCCACGACCACGACGCGUACUACGAAACCGAGCAUGACACGGAAAACGACGACGAGCGGUUCGAAGGCGUUGUCGUCAUCCCACCACUCGGCAGCCGCUCAGACGAGGCCUCCGUGCGACGUACGAUCCGACGUCACGGCUUCCGUACCCGCCCCGUGGUACGCAGCGCGUACAGCUCAUAUCUGAUGCGCGCGCACGAAGAACGCGAGGAGGGAAGGGACGGGUGGUCGGACCCUGCUGACCAUGCAGAGAUGGAAGUCGAUGAAUUGGAAUCUGAUUGCGUCUCCUCGCGUGGAUCGUCCCCUGUUCCCUUCUCGUCGGCGCCAGCCACGACGACACCCGGAUUGGGACUCUCGGGACUUUCCAGUACACGGCCCGGCGUUCAAAGGCAGGGUUCCUUCGGGCCCAGCCGCACCUCCUGGCGGCAUUCUCUCUCUCACUCUCAUACCCUCACUUCAAUCCCGGGCUCGAGCACCUCCAUCUUAUCUCCUCGAUCUCCCUCGCGCAUGUAUCGCGAAUACUCGAGGCAUGGACAUCUCAACAGCCUCUAUGGUUACGAGAGUCGACGUGAUUAUCGUGGGUUGGCGUCAUCUGCGGCAGAACCCGAGGCGGACGCUUGCGAGCCACGGUUGGACUUGGCAGGCAUAUGUUUCGAUCCCAGUGGGAAGUAUGUGUACGCGGCAUCGACGCAAGGGAUUUCGGAGUGGGUGAUACGAGGCGCAGAGAAGAGGUGGUGGAAUGAUGCAGCGUGGAGGUAG